AUGUCUUGGCGUGAGCUCCUUCCCCCCUGGCUGGUGAUCGUAGCGGGACUGACGGGCAUCGUGCUCCUUUGCGUCUCCACGAAAGAUGUGCCCGUCACCCCUCCCAGGACCAAGUAUGGCAUUGUUCUGGAUGCUGGCCCAUCCCGCACCAUCCUGUUCAUCUACCAGUGGACCACCACCAAGGCAAACAAAACUGGGGUGAUCAGGGAAUGCAGUUCCUGUCUUGCGCAAGGUCCAGGAGUCUCCACCUACUCAAAUUUUCACCAGAAAGUGGAGAAGAGCUUGGAGACAUGUUUGAACUGGGCUCAGACAGAGAUCCCGGCAGAGCAGCACAGCCAAACUCCCCUCUACUUGGGAGCAACCGCCAGCACGAGGCAGCUGAACCUCACCCAUCCCACCCUCUUUGAUGGUCUCCUUGCAGCCCUGAAGUCAUCCCCCUUUGACUUUCAGGGGGCACAAAUCCUGUCCAGUGCAGAUGAGGAAGCAUUCAAUUGGGUUGCUGUUAAUUAUGUCCUGGAGAACUUCUUCAAGUACGACUGGCGAGGACAGUUGGUCCCCUCUGGGAAAGAGACGGCAGGAGUCCUGUCCGUGGGAGGAAGCUCAACAUGGCUCACUUCCAAGGUAGAAGAAGAGAACCAGGCACCAAAAGAGGGAGUGAGGCUGCAGCUGUAUGGAGGGACGCACAAUGUGCACACUCAGCACUGCCCCUGCCACGGCACGGACCAGCUCCGCAGCAGGCUGCUCGCUAUGCUCAUCCAAGAGCAAAGGAGUGCUAAAAUUGUCUCUAAUCCCUGCUGGCCCCUCACCUACUACCGGGAAGUGCAGUGGCGUUCAGUGCAUGCCGGCCCUUGUGCUGCCAGUGAUAACACAUCAGACAUCCCCAGCCCUGAGGAGGUCUUCAACAUCACUGGCUCCAGCAAUCUCACCGCCUGCAUGAGACUCGUGCAAAGCCUGCUCAACUCUUCCUCCUCCUGCAGCUUCAUCGAGCGUUCCCUCAACAGCGGUUUCAAGCCUGUCCGGACCAGGUUUCUGGUGACUUCUGAGGCCAUGGACUUCAUGAGAGAAACUGUACCCUCUCCUGACCUGGGUCAGGCAGUCAACAGGCUUUGCGGACUGUCCAUCAAAGAGCUGGUUAAGGAGUCCCAAACAAGCCUGGAUACACUUGUUGAUUACUGUGUGGUGUCUGCCUUCCUCUUUCACCUCAGCACAAAGGGAUACGCACUUGACUUUGACCGGUCUGUUUGGACUGCAUUCCAGAAGAAGAUGGGUGAUAGAUCAUCUGGCUGGACCCUCGGGUACCUGCUGAGUCUGACCAAUGCCAUCCCCCAGGACCCCCCAAGCUUCCUCAAGGGGAUAGAGCCAGGGGUCUGGUCGUUGCUCCUCAUCCUCUUUGUCGUGCUGCUCACUGGCUCUUUCAUGCGCAUCUCAUACCGUGUGAUGGUCAAGGAAAACAGCUUCAGUAACAGGAACAGCAGUGUUUUUGAUGACAACUGA